ACAGGAGAAAAGGCUGCAUCUCUCCCAGAAGAGCAGAUUCCAGGGCCUGCCCAGGGCAACACUGGCACAGAGCAAGCUCCAGGGACCACCAUGAUGCCCGUCCCUGCCACUGAGGCCCACCUGCCUCUGCCUUCCCUGCUGCUGCCUCUGCUGCUGGGACUCACGGGAGUGACAGGUCAGGAGGAGCUGCAGGUGAUUCAACGUGAGAAGUCGGUGUCGGUCGCAGCUGGAGAGGCGGUCACUCUGCCCUGUGUGGUCUCCUCUGUGCGUCCCGUGGGGCCCAUCCAGUGGUUCAGGGGGGCUGGGCCAGACCGGCAGUUAGUCUACAAUUUCAAAGGGGGCCUAGACCACUUAGGCCUCUUCCCCCGAGUGAUAAAUGUUUCAGACUACACAAAAGGUGACAACUUGGACUUUUCCAUCCGCAUCAUGGACGUGUCGACUGAGGAUUCUGGCACCUACUACUGUGUGAAGUUCAGGAAAGGGAGCCCUGAUGACGUAGAGUUUAAGUCUGGUCCAGGCACCUUGGUGACUGUGAAUGCUAAGCCCUCUCCUCCAGUGGUUUCUGGCCCCUCCAACAGGGUCAGUCCAGGCCAGAUAGUCAAUCUCAACUGCACAUCAACUGGCUUCUUUCCCAGAAGCAUCCAUCUGAAAUGGCUUGAAAAUGGCAUGGAGUUUCCAGCCCUUUGGACCCUAGUCCUCCCACCUGGGGACGCUUCCUCCUACACUGUCAUCAGCACCGCCGUAGUGACCCUCACCAUCUCCUCACUCUCCUCCCAGGUCACCUGCCAAGUGGAUCACAGUGAAUUGCAGAGCCCACUCCGUGGGCAUGUGAAUAUGUCCCAAUUCCUCCGAGUUAUGCCCACAGUGAGUGUAUCAGCACACCCCGUCCCAAGCCUCCAGGUGGCUAUCCUCAUCUGCCAUGUGCAAAGGUUCUACCCGAAAGGUGCACAAAUCACCUGGCUGAAGAGGAACCACAGCUUCAAGACCUGUGAGGCCCUUGCCCCCACCACAAACACAGAUGGCACUUUCAGCCAAGACAACCAUCUCCUGGUCAAGACCUCAGAACAGGAGGACAAGAGGCCGUUUACCUGCCAGGUGUGGCACAGUGCCCAGCCACCGGUUGAGGCCAGCAUGCAGCUGAGCGAGCUUAAAGACAAAGAGCAAACAAGUCUGGGCCCCAGAGCAUCCAGCUCCCUCUAUGAGAUGCUCCUCCUCCUUUGCUGGAAGUUGUUGCCCCUGACUAUGCUUUCAGCCCUCUAUGUAGUCAAGAGGACUCUCUCUUCCAGGUAA